AUGUUUUGGCCGGCCCACUGCACCAUAUCGCAGGAGAAUUCCAGGAUUAGAAUAUUGAAAAUAAGUAAACGGCGCAGAUGCACGAAAAUAAGAAACCAAUUUUCCAGGAAAAUCUGGAACAUUUUCAAGCGGAUUGGAGUUGAUUUGAAACGAAUAUUGAAAGGUUUUGUGAUUGCAACUGGAGUUCCGUUUUGCAGGCUUUCAUUGGAUAAUCGGUAUUCCGGUGAGAGUUCAUCUGAAAAAUUACUGAAGCUAGAGAUGGAAUUGAAUAAUCAAUCAAUAAAUAGAGAUGGACUGUUUUUGAGAUCCGAAGAGGCGAGGUCACCUUCUACGGCGUCGUCCGACUUCGGGUUGCAGUGGGGGAACCGGAAGAGGAUACGGGGCAUGAAGUCCGAGGUCAAAGACAGAAACGGUAAAAAUGGCUCAGCAAGUUUGGCGCCGGUUCAAAGGACCAGUGCCCGGGUCGAUCGGCGGGUCAUUAGAUCGGAUACGAAGCACAACGUUAAGGACUCAAAUCCGAUUAAUGGAUAUUCAAAUCUCCGACAGCGUCCGGCUUCUCCAUCUCAUCGAAUUUUGAGGAAUUCGGAGAGUUCAAUUAGUAUGAGGGGACAAAGCAACGGUACAAGGAAGUUGUCAUCCCCGGACAGUGGCGAAGGUGGGAAGGACAAGAAACGUACUGUUAGUAUGAAUAACAGCCAUCGCCAUCACCACCAGAAUAACAAUGGCAACCACCGUCUCUGUAGUGGCAGUGGUGGGUCAGCAUCAUCAGAGACGGCAGCAGAAGGGAAAAAAGGCGGGUCAUCCUCCGGGGGCAGUGGGAUUCCGGCGGUGUGGCCGCCCAAGUUCGUGAUUGCCUUGACAAACCAGGAAAAAGAAGAGGAUUUCAUGGCCAUUAAAGGAUCUAAGCUGCCUCAAAGACCAAAGAAACGUGCCAAGUUUAUUCAGCGCAGCCUCAAUUUGGUAAGUCCCGGGGCAUGGCUUUGUGAUCUUACACUAGAACGGUACGAGGUGAGAGAGAAGAAAGUCUCCAAGAAGAGACCAAGAGGGUUAAGAGCAAUGGGGAACAUAGACUCGGACUCAGAGUAA